CCUGAGGUACGAUGGCUUCCGUGCACCCGCAUAGCCAUAUAAAGCUGACAGCUUGAACCUCGGCUACUCCACCGGUUUGCAGUCUCCUCCGGCAAGGUACCCCAUCAAUGGACGAAGUGUCACUUAAUAGUGAGCCUGUGUAUGAUGAUGAGGCAGAGAAUUUUGAGAUUGAUGGAGAUUGUGCCAUGACUGAAUACGUUGGUGAGGCUGGUGUCCUUCAGGGGGAAAAUCCCCUGCCUCCUGCUGUUGGAAUGGAGUUUGAAACCUAUGAGGAUGUUUAUUACUUCUACAAUUGUUAUGCUCAGCAGCAAGGAUUUGGAGUCCGAGUCAGCAAUACAUGGUACAGAAAGAGCAAAGAGAAAUACAGGGGAAAGUUAAGCUGCAGCAGUGCAGGGUUCAAGAAGAAAACUGAAGCAAACCGACCAAGACCACAAACAAGAACUGGCUGCCCUGCAAUGAUAAAGUUCAGGUUGAUGGAGAACAAGAGAUGGCGGGUAAUUGAAGUGGAACUUGAACACAACCAUUUACUCACUCCAACUAGUGGGAAAUUUUAUAAAUCUCACAGGAAUGUUGGCCUUGGAAGCAAAAGGCCCCUGCAGGUCGAUGGUCCUGAAGAAAUUCAGAAGAUUAGGUUGUUCAGAACAGUUAUUAUUGAUACAGAGUAUAAUGGAAGUGCUAAUGUUGAUGAAGGUAAAGUCAGGAAUAAUGUUGAUCAGUUCAAUAAUCAGCUGAGACUUAAGCAAGGAGAUGCUCAAUCAAUACAUAAGUUUUUCACUCAUCAGCAAUUGAUGAAUCCGAACUUCUUCUACGUGAUGGAUUUAAAUGAGAAAGGAUGUCUGAGGAAUGUAUUCUGGGCUGAUGCAAGGUCAAGAGCUACGUAUGGUUAUUUUGGUGAUGUUGUUGUAAUCGACACUUCAUGCUUAACCAGCAAGCAUGAGGUGCCAUUGGUGAUAUUGACUGGAGUUAAUCACCACGGACACUCUGUGCUACUAGGAUGCGGUUUGGUUGCAGGUGGUAAUGUAGAGUCAUAUAUAUGGCUGUUUAGGGCAUGGCUAACAUACAUGGUAGGACGCUCUCCUCACGCUAUCAUCACCGACCAAAAUAAAUCCUUGAAAAUUGCUCUUGCUGAAGUUUUCCCCAGAGCUUCUCAUUUCAUUUCUAUGACAAGUAUCUUAAAGCAACUUCCACAUGAACUUGGAGGAGUGAGUGAAUGUGAAGCAAUUAUGGAGGCAUUUACUAGGUUAGUUUACGACCCAUUUAGGGCAGUUGAUUUUGAAGCAGCCUGGGAGGAUAUGAUGGAUCGCCAUGGAAUUAGGCAGUAUAAAUGGCUUCAAACAUUAUAUGAAGACCGUAAGCACUGGGUCCCAGUCUAUAUAAAGGAGACAUUUCUGGCAGGAAUGUUUCCCAUGAAAGAAAGUGAAAGAGUUACUUCUCCUUUUGAGGGAUAUUUGUCCAAAGACACUUCUUUGAAGGAUUUUCUCAAUAGCUAUGAUCAAGCUCUCAAAGAAAUUGAUCAAAGAGAGGUAAUGGCUGACAUGGAAUCGAGAAAUCCUUGUGGGAUGUUAAAGUCAACAUUUUAUUUGGAGUUGCAGCUGUCAAAGUUGUACACAAGCAACAUAUUUAUGAAGUUUCAAGAAGAAGUGGUGGGAAUGCUUUCUUGUUUUAAUCCUAGGCAGAUGAGCAUGGAUGGAUCAGUCAUAAGUUACCUAGUCACAGAACAUGCUGAAGUUGAGGAUAACAGGAGGGAAACAAGAGACUUUGAGGUCUCUUACAAUACAUCUGAUGGGGAGAUUCUUUGCCUAUGUGGUUUAUUUAGUUUCAAAGGUUAUUUGUGCAGGCAUGCACUGUGUGUUUUAAACCAGAAUGGUGUGGAGGAGAUCCCGCCUCAAUACAUCCUUUCAAGAUGGAGAAAGGAUAUUCAUCGCAAUUAUGAUUUUGAAUAUGGUUACGACGGUAUUGACAGUAACAACCCACUUCACAGGUAUGAUAACCUAUAUAAAUGCAUCACAAAGGUUGUUGAAGAAGGGAGGAAAUCUCAUGAUCGAUACAAGUAUACCCUGCAAGCAUUGGAUGAUAUACUCAGCAAGAUUCGUCUUCAAGACGAUCAGCUGGUCUAAUUCUAGGACUCUAUAUCCUUGUAUCUUCUCUUCCUAUGUCUCUCUUGAAUGUCUAUUUUGUAGAAUCCGUGCUUCUGUUUGGUUACACUCAUAGAUGGUGCAUUAUGCGGCUCAAAGCCUGUAACGUA